AUGGACGCCAUUCUGAAGAACCAACGCCAACGCCAACGCCAACGCCCUCAUCUCUUGCCCACCUCCCCUCGCCCCUCCACCAUGCCGCUUCACUCAGCUUCCCACGCCAUUUCAAAGCCCAAGCCCAAAAUUCGCAUCAUUCACAUCUUCGCACCCGAGAUCAUUAAAACCGACGUCGCCAAUUUCAGAGAGCUCGUUCAGAGACUCACCGGAAAGCCAGAAGCAAUAACGACGCAGGAGGACAAGAUUCUUCCGCCUCAAAUUCCGGCUGCCGCAGCGUUCGAUAAUCGGAAGAUGGAGAUGGUCAGCUGCCGGAGAAUGGUGAAGAAGGAAGAUGAGGAUCAAGAAGAGGACUAUGAUGAAGAAGAAGAAGAAGAAGAAGAAGAAGGAGAAGGAGAAGAAGAGGAGGAGAUGUUAGACGAGGUGGUCGGGAUGUGGAACGACGUGGUUGGAUUUGAAGGGUUUAUCCAAGAAUUGGGUGAAUUUCCGUUGAUUCCUUCGGCUCAUCAAAUAAUGCAUGGUUUUGAAGACACUCAUUUUGUUUGAU